AUGAUGGAGUUUGAGUCCGUUCAAGCAGGAGACGAGAGAUUUGAGGCAGCUAAAGGAAAAGAUGAUGGAGAUCAUCAGUUUUUCAUUGUAACCCUCACAGCUCGUCUGACUGUGAGUCCCAGCAGCUCUCAGUUCUUUAAAGGAGACUUUGUGUCUCUGAGCUGUGAGGAGGACGACAGCUCUGCUGGAUGGACUCUGAGGAGAAACACAAGCAAACAACAGAGGACUCAGUGUGGAGAUGGGUGGGGAGAAGGAGCUGGUUCUUCCUGUAAUAUUAGCUACAUCUUCACAUGGGACAGUGGAGUUUACUGGUGUGAGUCCAGAGAGGGUCCCAUCAGUAACAUGGUUAACCUGACAGUCACUGGUGGAUCAGUGAUCCUGCAGAGUCCUGUCCUCCCUGUGAUGGAGGGAGAUGACGUCACUCUGCUCUGUAAAACAAAGACCACUCCCUCCAACCUCCCAGCUGCUUUCUAUAAAGAUGGCUCCCUCAUCAGGAAGCAGCCUACAGGUCACAUGACCAUCCAGCAUGUUUCCAGGUCUGAUGAAGGCCUCUACAAGUGUGACAUCAGCGGUCAUGGAGAGUCUCCAUCCAGCUGGAUCACUGUCACAGACAAACACACCACCACACCUCCACCUACAUCCACACCUCCACCUACAUCCACCUCUCCUCCUGAUUUCUCCUGUGUCCCUCUAUCACUCUUUUCUCUUGUCCUCACUGUGUCAGUUAUUAGUUCAGUCUGUGUUCUGGUUCUUUUGGUGUUACUGGUUCUGCUGGUGAGACGACAAGUUCAAAGGAAAACUGAAAGGGAGGAGUUGGAGAUGAUGACAUCACGUACAGCAAAGGCUCAAGUCAUCAACAACAGCCAAUCAGAGGAAGCAGAGAAAGUCAUCCAGCUGUUGUCCUCUCAGCCCUGAGAACUGAAGACAUCAGUUAUGGACAAACAGCUGUGUGACCGAACAGGCCCUGAGACUUUAAAACAGAGCCAGACGUCGUCUACUCCUCACUGAACUAGUCCACCAGUCCAACCACUGACAUCCAGCUGCUGGUCUCUAACUGGUCCACACAGCCACACAAUGUUGAUUUGCAUAUAUUCUGUAGUGUCUUCUCAUCAUAAUAUACACUCUCAGUGUUUGUAUGAGUGUAUGUUGUAUAACUAAAAUAUGAAUGUCAUGUGUACAGCAGUGUCCUGCCUUCUCUGCAGCAUCAAUAAACUUUGCUGUCACAUGUUGUUCCUGUCGUGUGGUUCAGUGGGUUUCAGAAGUAUUGCUGAUGGAAAAUUCUGUGUUGUGGUUCUGCUGGUGUUACUGGUUCUGCUGGUGAGACAACAUGUUCAAAGGAAAUCUGAAGGGGAGAAGGUGGAGAUGAUGACAUCAUGUUCAGUGAUAGCAAAAGCUGAAGUCAACAACAGCCAAUCAGAGGAAGCAGAGCGUCGUUCCAGAUCAUACUCCAUAUCAGU